AAUCGAAUAGGCCUGCAAGCAUUACACACGAACAGGCUGUGCAUUUCAUAACCUGAUGGGAACAAGGGACAUAAGACAAUACCCAUAGAAAAACCAGCGAUAAAAUCGUAAUUGUGACAGCUUAAGUGUGAUUCGUGGAAAGGUUGUUUUAAUCUCGGAUUUUGACCUGCUCUUCUGGACAGGGCCGGGCGGAUGAUUUUCGCAACAUAGGAUGUGUGUUUGUCUCGAUGUGAGUCAUAUUGCAGAGGAUAGUAGCUCCAGGCACAACAUGGGGUCAUAAUGAAGGGGGUCACUCGCGAAGAACACGUGAAGCUCCAUAUAUCGCAAGACGGCAGACGACGGUCAUAAGUGACAUCACGACGAUAAACAUCACGAGAAAAAGUCAAAUUUCUGAAGCAAGAAAAGUGCGCGGUUAGAUUCGACAGAAUGACUUGGUAAAGCAGCGGCAGACGUUUCGCUUGAAAGAGAGACAUCAUCAGUGUGAAAAACAUGGCAGAUUACAAAACAAAACUCGUCGACGAAAAGUCGGAACCGCCCUCUUUCGGCAGCAUCCAGGAAAAGCCAAAAGAUGCAGAUACAGAGAAUAGAACGGACUCGACAGGGUCAGAAACGGACAAAACUGCCGUGCGGUGGUAUAUCUUGACGUUAUUCUGUCUCUGGGCAUUGACUAAUUUAGCAUUUUGGAACACUUGGGGUCCGGUGGCACAGUCGUCCAUGUUAGUAUUUGGUUGGAAGCAGCUUGAUGUUGUGAUGCCUGUGAUUCUUGGGACGCUCGCGUCUGUCCUGACGCAGAUAUUUUACUCUUGGUUGUUGGAUUUUUGUGGUCUUCGCCGUGUCUCCUUGAUAUCAGCUAGUUUGAUGCUAGUUGGAGCCGGCGUUCGUUGUAUCACGUCUUCCGUACCCGCAGCAACAUGGCUGGCCAACAUCGCGGCCAUUUUGAACGGACUAGGCGCUCCGAUCUUCAUAGGGGGCGCUCCUGUAAUUUCUGCCAUUUGGUUCCCAGCCUCCGAAAGGAUCACAGCAACGAGUUCCGGUAUUGCAUUUGCUUAUGGAGGAAUAGCAUUUGCGUUUCUUUUAGGUCCAUUCGUUGUGAAUUACAACCCAGAAACCUUUCCUGGUGCCAUCAUCUCUGAAAAUACGACUUCAUUUAACACUACAACUGUGCCCACAGAGCCAAGCGCCCUGUCAGCCAACUUCUCUCAGGCAUUUAUCGACAACCAGAGACAUAACAUUAUGAAUCUAAUGUACAUCGAGUUCGGUUGGAUCGGCUUCCUGUUCCUGGUGACCAUGGUCUACUUCCCAGACAAACCACCCAAGCCUCCCAGCAUCUCCGCAACGCAAGGGAGGACGAACUGUUAUGAGGGUUUAAAGACAUUACUUAGCGAUUUUCAUUUCUGGAUGGUAUUGGUGCCUUUCGCUCUGACUCAAGGCUUCUUCUUCGGCUGGGGCAGCGCAUUGGAGUUAAAUCUUCACCCAAUAGGGGUCACUCAGUACGAGGCCGGAUGGGUGGGGUUCGCAUCAUCAAUAGCAGGAAUAGCAGGCACCCUAACAAUCGGGCGGAUAGCUGACGCCUUCUCUCACCAUCUUAAGAUUAUUGUGAUUGUCUUCCUAGCCGUCGCUGUGAUAUUUUGUGCUUGGAUGACGGUCAUCAUAGACAGCCUUGUAGCUAUGAACUUUGCCGCUCUGCUAAUCGCCACAGUGGUGUCAGCCACGGCCACUCAGGCCACCUGCCCCCUGUUCUACGAGAUGGCCUGUGAAUCAUCCUAUCCAGUGUCCGAGUCAGUGAUUGGCGGAGUUCUUACCAUGGCCGGAAAUGUUAUCAAUGUCCUGUUUCUUUUGGUGUUUUUGAUACCGAAUAUUGGUACAAAGUGGCUUAACUACGGUCUGAUAGGUGCUUUAGUAGGUUCAACGGUUUUCAUCUGCUUCUACCAACAGAAGUUCAGGCGCCUUGCAAUAGACCAGCCGGGAGAAGGCGAGGUUGACGGGUACGAUGCUUUAGACGAGGGAAAAGAUACGACAGAAAACGAAGGAGUAAAUGAGGAAAAUGAGGCGAAGAAGACAGGUUCAUAGGGCUUGGCUUACGAUUCUUUCCGAUAAUCUGCGCGUGCUAUUGCCGGAUUGAUUCCGUUGUAAACGUAUGAAAUGUUCCAGGACAGAAUGUCCGGGUACAAAGGAUUCUAUUAUGUGCUAUUUUAUUAGUGUGGUGUUGACGGUAAUGGUCUCUCAGAACUAUAUACUGUACCAUAAUCAGUCAGAAUACAAUAUGGCCGGGGCGACUGACGAUCUUCUUGCUGCGCCUGCGUACCAUACACAGGAAAGGUCUGAGCUCUAGCGUACCCAUAGGUACAAGUGGAGGGGAGUACUGAAAUUCGGAAAAUAAAUAGUGCCUACGCGCAGUGAACGGCCCCCAAUUAUUUGUUCAGAACAAACGCUACCCAUGACCUAUGGAAUUGCUUUUGGGACCCUUGGUUAGAGCUAUUCUACUUUAUCAUUAGUUAGUAUACAUGCAUACCAGGGUUCUCUAUUUUGAAGCUCGACAAUGUGUACAGUGUACGAUUUUAAAAACAACUGAAAAU